AUGGCGCCUCCCAAAAGCCAGAGCCGAUCCGGGUGGCCGGACCUGCCGCCGGAUCUCCUCGGCGUCGUCCUCCACCGCCUCCCGUCCCUCGCCGACCGCGUCCGCCUCCGCGCCGUCUGCCGCGCGUGGCGCUCGAGCGCCAGGCAUCAGCCGCCGCCCCCCGUGCAGCUCCCCUGGAUCCUCUUCGGCGACGGCACCCUGCUGGACGCGGCCAACAACACGGCGCACCGCGUGCGCCUGCCGGACGACGCCGCCGGCUGCUACAGCGCCGGCGAGAACAUGCUCUUCGUCAUGCACGACGACGGCCGGUGCUCCCUGAUGGACGCCUUCUCCGGCGCCAUGACCCCGCAGCCCGAGCUCGCCGCCCUCCUGCGGUACUACAAGGUCGACCCCCACGACGGGAAGUACAGGACGGGCGUCGAGAAGGUGGUGGUCUCCGCGCCCUCGGCGGCGCUCCCCGUGAUCGCCGUCCUCACCAGCGACUGCAGGGUCGUCGUCUCGACCCGCCGCCCGGGCUGCGAGGUCAACUCCUGCCUGGUGCUGAGCGAGUUCUCCAUCAUCGACAUCGCUCUGUUUCAAGGGAAGAUCUACGGCCUCUCCCACAACGAGGAGCUCCUCGGCUUCGAGCUCGGCAACGGCCGCCUCCAGAAGCCGACCCCGGCAGGAGCCAGGCCCGACGUGGUAGGCGGCGUCCCGCUGAUAGAAGCCAGUCGGGCACACGACUCCCACGACAGUUCUCGUUACAUACGCUACAGGAUUCAGAAAAGAUUUCCCGACAGCGUGGCCCGGCUGUACCUCGUCGAGUCCGACGGCGGGCUGCUGAUGGUGAGGCGAUGGGUGAGAUGGGACGCGCUGGAGAGCAUGGCGAGGCGGUGCGUGAGAUCGGCCGCGGACGGGCCGGGUGGUUACAGGCGCAUGGAGCGGACGCAGCGGCUGGACGUGUUCGAGGCGGAGCUGGGAGACGGCAGGCCGCGCGUUGGCCGGUGGAAGAAGGUCGACGGCCUGGGUGGCCGGGCGAUCUUCGUGUGCGCACGGUGCUCCAAGUCUGUCCCCGCCGGUGACGGAGCUCGAGAAGAUUGUGUCUACUUCCUGCGACGCCAGUACCUUGGGAGGAAGCCCGGUGAUGGCUCGCUCGGGGACUCCGGCGUGUUCGACAUGAGACGUAAAACUAUCACGCCGUUGCUGCCGGAGUCAUCGGCGCCGGUGCCCCUGCCGUGGGAUAGCCCGCGGUUUCCGACGUGGUUCUUCCCCGUUGAAUAUUGA